AUGGCCAUGUCACAGGCAGCAUACCAGGCCGAGAAGGCUCUCGGCCACGGCGACAAUGCCGUCACAGCACAGGAUGUCUCAAACCCUGCGAUGGACCGUGAGAAAUAUGGUGAUCCGAGCGAGAACAUGAAAGCCUUGGCUUGGAUGGGGAAGAAGUCGGUCGAAAUGAGUGCGUCUUCUCCCUUCUUCCAUUUCGUUUCUACACCCUUGACUGACUUCUCCCACAGUCGAAUGCCCCAAGCCCAAGAUCAUCGAACCUCGCGACGUAAUUCUCAAAAUCACCGGCAGCACCGUCUGCGGCUCGGACCUGCACUUAUACCAUGGCACCGUUGUCGAAUUGGCGAAGGGGGACAUCCUAGGUCAUGAGUUCUGUGGUGUAGUAGACGAGAUGGGAUCAGCUGUCACCGGACUGCAGAAAGGAGACCGGGUCGUGGCAAGCUUCCAGAUUGCUUGUGGAGAUUGCAUUUAUUGCAAGAAGAAGCUCACGUCACAAUGUGCUCGGACGAACUCGAACACGAUUCACAAUGCGAUGUAUGGAGGACGCACGGCCGGCAUGUUUGGAUACUCGCAUUUCACCGGUGGAUUUGCGGGUGGACAGGCUGAGUACACGAGGGUCCCGUUUGGAGACGUCAACCUACUCAAGCUGCCUGAUGAUGUCCCGGAUGAGAAGGGUCUGUACUUGUCGGAUGUGCUCUGCACGAGCUGGCAUUGCGUUGUGGACACCGGAGUCAAAGAAGGAGAUGUGGUUGCCAUUUGGGGAGCUGGACCGAUCGGACAGAUGGCUGCAGAGUUCUCUCUCCUCAAUGGCGCGAGCAGAGUCAUCAUCAUCGACAGCAAUUGGCGCUUGGACUACGUCAAGGAGAAGUACCCCAAGGUGGAGACUCUGGAUUACUCGCAGCUCAAGGGCACCAAGGCCGUCGUCACCAAAUUGAAGGAGAUUUGCGAUGGCUACGGCCCCGACGUUGCUUUGGAGUGCGUAGCCGGCGAAUAUCCCAAGGGCUGGUUCCACACCAUUCAGAUGAUGGCCGGUUUGGAAACGGACACCAGCGAGAUCCUCAACGAGAUGAUCGAGAGCGUCAAGAACUUUGGCCGUGUCGGCAUCACUGGUGUGUACGUCGGCUACACCAACAACUUCAACAUUGGCUCUGUGAUGGAGCGCGGCAUUCGCUUCAUUGGGAACGGUCAAGCUCCUGUGCAACUGUACUGGAAGGAGUUGCUGGAGAAGAUUCAGAAGGGAGAGAUUGAUCCGUUGAAGAUGCUCUCUCAUCGGGUGAAAUUGGACGAUCUCGACAAAGUCUACGAGGAUUUCGAGCAGAAGAACGACGGCAUGCAGAAGGUGUUCGUGGAGACGAGAUUUUCGGCGCCACCGGCUCCAGGCAGUCCAGCGUUGAAGACGUAUUAG